CGCUUCAUUCAGUGACCCACGUUUUUGCUCGUUUCAAUGAAGGUCAAAAGUAAUAAGCCUCCCAAAGCUUCAAUUGGCAAGAAAAAAAGUUCUGCAUUAAAAAAGAGUGAUAAGACUAAGCGACUUAAGAAAUUGCUUCAGUCCAAGUCAGAAUUUUCUAAAGAACAAAAUGAAACUGUUAAAAAUAAGUCACGUGUUGCAUCUGAAUGCGUAUCUGUGGAUGGACAUGGAAUUCCCUUGAACACAUCGGGUUUAUGUGAUCAGUUACUGAAAGUAGUUCCGAAUAGAGAAGGGCUUGAUGAUGGACUAAGUUUGGACGAUACGAUAAAAAAGGACUUUUCUUCUGAACAUAUUAAGAUGAUAGAUUCAAAGGCCACCGAAAAAUUAACAAAGUCCCAAAGAAAACGACAUCGAAAGCAAGAAUUACUAAGACUGAGGAAAGCUGCAAAAGCAUCGAUUCCCAAACCGGAACCUAAGGAACCCCGCACUUCAUCGAGUAUUGUACUUCCAGAAAGAAAAGCUUACGUAUCAGCUUUAGACACAGAUGAAAAACUCUUAGAUGCCAUUCGAAACCGUUUAGUCGAAAUGUACCAGCACACUCUAACUAUACGUCCGUUACCAAGAAAUUGUCCUGUAAGUUUGGUCAAGGAUCUUUUCCCAUCAUCGGUAAGUGUUCGUAUCCCACAAAAACGCAGUGCUCGAUUUGCUUUUGUGAAAUUUCGAAAUCACGAUGAAUUGAUUGCAGCUCAAAAAGCUGUUACUGGUAAACUGCUAAACGGUAAACAGAUUAAAAUUGAAAUUUGCUCACUACACGGACCUGCUAAUGUUGAUUCAAGUAAAUGGACUGAACCACUGCAAAGAAAACUGUCGGAUUUUAAUAUGCGUUCUCUUCAUGUACUUCACUUGCCUCGGGCGACUACUCGUUUUGAUUUGGCUCAAGUAUUUCCGAAAGCUGUAGGUAUUCGUAUGCCAACAUAUGAUGAUGGAUCGUGUCGAGGGUAUUGCACCCUAACCUACCGUUCACGCCACAUUGCUUUAAAAGAUUUUGAAUUACGACAUGGGACAUUUAUCCACGGUGAAUCUAUAUAUGUUACGUUCCUACUUAAAAAUCCGAAGAAAAUAUCAAUGAGGAAUGAAAAGCUUCACGCCUCUGAUAUGUACCAGAUGGAUGUAGACAGUACUCUAACACCUCAUAAAGACAAGUGUGCUAAACCAACAGUUCAUCAACCCAUGCCUAUGUCUAUUGAUUCACCUGAUUCUGAAUUCAAAAUUAAUAAAUCACCAGCAACAUGUAGCAAACCAGUGAAACAAAAGUCCAAAAUUGCAACAGUUCAGCGUGACAUUCGAGAUCCUAUAAUAGAUAAAAAAUAUCAGUUGAAAGAAAAGAGUAUCAAGAAAAAGUUGUCAUCGAAAAAUAUCUUUGAUUCCCUAUUUCAAUCUUCAGCUGGAGCGAAUGACAAGAAGCAGAAAAAGAAGUCCAAGUCUAAUACAAGAAAUGGAAGAAAGUUCCGAAAAUAACAUUUAUUUGAAGAAAGGCGUUAUAGUAGAUGAUUGACAGAACUAAAAGUUAUGUAAUUUGGACUCUAUUCAUCCGCUCUAUCUACGUUCCUUUUGUCAAUAUAAUUAUUCUUUUGAUAAAGUGUUUUUUUAUACCUUUUUCAAAUGGGUUAAGCUGUGUAUUGUCAUUCGGUCCUUG